AUGACUGUUGAACACCAACCCAUACACAGCCAGUCUCAAAAUGGAUAUACAACUGGCAAGCCAGUUACGUAUGUGAAUUCAGAGCUCACUGCAGUUGAACAAUCCAAACCAGGACGAAAAGUUGAGCUUCCAUUUGGAUUUGGUCCGUUACCUGAGGAUCAUUCUGACAAGACGAUAUUCUUUUUCGAUAUUGAUAAUUGCUUAUAUCCCAAAUCGACCCGCAUCUUUGAGAUGAUGCAAGAAAAGAUUCAUGAAUAUUUCAAACACAAUUUACAAUUAAAUGACGAAGACGCUUAUAGAUUACACCAUAAUUAUUACAAGACUUAUGGUUUAGCUAUUGAAGGAUUGGUUCGUAAUCACCAAGUUGAUGCAUUAGAUUACAAUUCCAAAGUUGAUGAUGCGUUGGAUUUACAUGCUGUAUUACGUUACGAUAAACCGUUGAGAGACACAUUGUUAAAAGUGAAACAGUCGGGUGAAUUUGAUUAUUUUUGGCUAGUUACAAAUGCGUACAAGAAUCACGCAUUAAGGGUGAUUAGCUUUCUCGGAAUCGGUGAUUUGUUCGACGGGUUGACGUACUGUGAUUAUGCAAAGUUCCCCAUUGUAUGUAAGCCAAUGAAAGAAUAUUUCCUUAAUGUAUUUGACUUGACUCAAUUGGACUAUGAAAAUAAGGACGUUUUAGCUAAGCAGUGGUUUAUCGAUGAUAGUGAACUCAAUGUUAAAGCCGCUUGUGAUUUAGGUGUAGGACAUGUGAUUCAUUAUGUUGAACAUGAUGAAGAUAUCGCUAAAUUGAAACAAAAAGACGAUUUUACAAAGUACUAUGGAGAUGGAGCUACUGGGUCCAAGAUUCAAAUUUUGAGUAACUUCUCAGACUUGCCUAAGCUUGUAGGUGUAUAA